GUGGAACAAGAAGACAAUGACAUUUUAUACGGUGGUAGGGAAAGCUACCUUCCACUGAUCACUAAGAUGCUCCGUUAAUCAGUUGGCUUCCGCAAACGAACAACAGAUCCAAGUUAUUCAACUGGGAUUGCAUCGAAAUGAGGAGACAGCAACUAAGUACAUCCGGAGGGCUGUUGCUAUGAGGAGACAACUCAGAAAUGACUGAUGUGGAGGCUGUUGUCACCGAUUUUGCAGCAUCAGAACGGGCAGGCCGCAGAAACGCCUUACCUGACAUCUCUUCCACAGGAAGCAGCUCAGUCGAUCUAUCACAUAAACUCUCUCAACUAUCCUUGAGCACCGAUUCCAGCCAAGAAGGUGAAGGAACAGAAGGGAAAGCUCCUGCAUCAGAACCACCACCCAAACCUCCAGAAAACCAGGAAACAAGCAAUGCGUCAUAAUGGGUUGCUUGGCUACAAUACUGCAUCAGCUGCGUGCAAAUUAUUUUCACAAGAGACUCUUACAGAUGUUUUUACUGUGUGACCCAACAUAUGGAAUUAUACAAAACGACACAGCAAAUCCACUGUCAGAUUUGGAGAUCAUUAUUUCAACUCGUAGAAUAAUGGAGUGAACUAGACAUUAGCUUCUCAGCAGAAAGCAAAAAACAAAAUUGAGACGUUAUGAUCUGGACAGACUGCUUGUUAUUUUAACUACUGCUAUUCUGUUUAACUGGCAGCAGUUAGUUACCAAAUCACUGGCUUUAUUUACUCAGAAUCAAUCUUUAUACAAUUAGGCAAAUAUAUUAGCCAUAGUUGGAUAGAACAAUCAUUAAUGAUUAGCGAUUUGUAUUAUUGAAUUUUUUUUUUAAAUUUAGGAUUAUUUUCUUGUUAAAGUUCCGAUAAUACAGUAGUUGCAAAAGAUGACAUGUUCAGUGGAAUAUCCUAAUUCAUUCCUACAAGUAUGUACAUGCUCUUUGUGUUGUCCUUUCUGUGAUGCUUUAAAUUUCCAACCUGCAAGGUAUUUUUGAGCAUAUUCUGUUAUAAACUGCUGUAGUUUUGCAAAUAUUUUUAGAUGUGAUUUUGAUAUAAAAGUUUUCUUUCAAAGUAAA